AUGCCUUUGUCACUUCAGAAUUGUACAGAGAUAGUUAAACUUGAUCUCAGUGAAAAAGAGUUUACUGGAAAUAGCCCUGUGUGGAUAGGAGAAAGAUUUUCAAGAAUAAUGAUCCUCAUCCUUCAAUCAAAUAAGUUUCACAGUCUUUUACUAAAGGAACUUUGUCAUCUCAUUUCUCUACAAAUUUUAGAUUUGACUGAUAACAAUUUAUUUGGAAACAUUCCAAGGUGUAUCAAUAACUUCAAUGUAAUGAUGAGAGUGAGUGAAAUGGAACAGGAUAUAGAUAAUUGGUCUGGUGCAGAUUUUUAUUCAGCAAAUCUAGAGGAUGCAGUACUUGUGAAUAAAGGUGCAAUGGCUGAAUAUAAUACAAUUCUAAAUUUUGGAAGAAUUAUAGAUCUUUCAAAAAAUAACUUCUUUGGAGAGAUUCAUAUGGAAGUGGUGGAUUUUUUAGCAUUGCAAUCAUUGAUUCUGUCUCACAAUUCUUUUACUAGCAGAAUUCCAAAGAACAUUGGUGCUAUGAUAUUUUUAGAGUCCAUUGAUUUUUCUGGAAAUCAACUUUUUGAUGAAAUCCCACAAAGCAUUUCAAAUCUGACGUUUCUGAGUGUCUUUAACUUAUCCAACAACAGAAUUUCUGGAAAGAUUCCUUUAAGCACUCAACUACAAGGUUUUAAUGCAUCUUGUUUUACUGGUGUUAAUUUGAAUUAG